AUGGCGAAAUUUUCGAAGCAAACAAAACAAAGAAAACAGAAAAAUAAUGACACCAAAAAUGACAAAAAAAUACUUAAAAAGAAUAAUUCCAUCAAGAAAUCGAAGUAUAUGAACAAACAACGUGUACUCGUGUUUUGCGCACGUGGAAUCACGUUUAGAGCACGGCAUCUUAUGAAUGAUCUUCAAACUCUUAUGCCUCACUCAAAAUCAGAUUCAAAGCUAGACAGAAAAGAUAAGCUUUUUGUUGUUAACGAGGUGUGUGAAAUGAAGAAUUGCAACAAAUGUGUAUUUUUUGAGAUGAGGAGAAAGUCUGAUUUAUUCAUGUGGUUAUCAUGUACGCCUCAUGGACCGUCGGCUAAAUUUCUUGUUGAAAAUGUUCACACAAUGGAUGAGUUAAAGUUAACAGGGAAUUGUUUGAAAGGUUCUAGACCAAUACUAUCAUUUGAUAAGAGUUUGGAUCUCACACCACAUAAUAUAUUGUUAAAGGAAAUGUUUACACAGAUAUUUGGUACUCCAAAUGCUCACCCGAGAAGUAAACCAUUUUACGACCACGUGAUGUGUUUUAGCAUUAAUGACAACCGUAUUUGGUUUCGCAAUUAUCAGAUCAUUCAGGAUGGCUCUCUUCUUGAGAUAGGUCCCAGAUUUGUAUUAAACCUUGUUCGGAUAUUUGAAGGAAGUUUUGGUGGAGCAACUCUAUAUGAAAACCCACUCUAUGUCUCUCCAAACGAGCAUCGUCGAAUGCUGCGGCUUAAUGCAGGCCAACGUUAUCGCAACAAAACCCUGGCCAAGGAAGCUUUAAAUGAAAAACGAGAGGCAAUCAAGGAUAUACCACCAGAUGAAGUGGAAGAUGUAUUUCAUACGAUAACCCAGCAGGAGGUGAAUAUGGCGAAGAACAGGACUUAAUAUCAUCAGUUUUAUGAUAUUCUACAAUCUACAUUAUGGAGAAGUCAGAUGGCCGUCUAGUGAUUGGUCACUGUUUAACACUACAACGUUUUCCAAUCUACGGGGACGUGCCUCACGGCAAUUGCCGUUUACGCGGAUGAUUUUAUGCAAUGAACUGAUCUGAACAUAGACUAAGUGGUUCAUUGGUGAUGAUGGUCCAACGUCCAUUACGAUAUAGGCGCGUCUAAUAUGCGUGUAACAAUAUAUAAGUGAUAGCUAUUUCUAUUGUAUGUACUGUUUGUGCAGAUUCCAUGUUCAAUUUUAGUGUUGAAUGCUAAUCGUAAAUAACUUAUAACGGCAUUUUUUUCUGUCGAUUAAGUUAAUCUCUUUCCAUUUUUUAAAUUAAUCGCACGUUUCAGCAUUUUUUUGUUGUAAAAUCCCCUCAAAGAAUAACAAAGUACUUAACCCAGAAAAUUCCCUGAUAGAGCAAACAAUCACGUAAGGUUUCGUACCCUGAAUGUGAAAUAUAUACUUGAAUGAAAUAUAUGCUAUAAAUAUAAACGAUCAUUUCUACUAUGGACAAACGGCGUCAGGCUAAGAGAAAGCUAAGGAUUAAAACGCAAUUUCCACAACAAUCACCACAACACUACGAUAUGUAUAUACCAUUCUUUUAGUGUGUGAUUUAUUACUAUUUUGGAAUGAUAUUGUCUGUUACUUCACAAUUUGUCCUGAAUUAUAGUUAAGGAAGCGAAGGAUCAUUAUUAACUGUGGCUCAAGUUACUUCUUAAAGGAAAUACAUACGAAUUA